AUGAGCACCCUUAAUGUUCUUCCCAUUGAUCCAACUCCUUGUCCCUAUUACAAAGGGCAACAUUUCGUCAUGAAAGCCGAUGUCGUCUACCAAGCAACCCUUCUCACCCUAGAUGAAGAAGAAAGAAUAGAAAGCUUGGUAAAUGCUUUCUACUUGGGUGCUUUGCUUCAAGAAGCACAGAAGUGGGAAAGUUGUGAAGGGCUCGGAAGAUGA